AUGAACCCGCAAGAAUUCGAAGUAGAUGUCUAUGGAAGUUCAACUGCGUUCCAUCAGCAACAAAAUCAUCAUCACCAUCAUCAUGGACAGAUGGUGGUACUGAGGAGCGGUGACGGUGGGAUGGAAGAUGCUUGCGCCUAUGAUAAUGGUGAUCCAUCUCUACUUCUUCCGACCCUUGUUGAUUCAUCAAAUUUUGCGGAACACAUUUCGGGGGCAGCAUCUUACUACGCCGAGACAUCAUCAGCUGACCAGAACAAUGCCUGGCUCGCACCCCUCCAUACCUCUAGUCAAUCAGAUUUAACAAACUCGACAGAUGUCUACAGAUCCUACUUGCCAGAUCAAAUGCAUAUACGCUUGGAAACACCGAUCGAUCACAACAAUGCAUUUUAUUAUACCCCUGUUCUUGAACCAGUUGAAUUCCCCUGUGGCGAAACAUUGAUUAAUAAUGAGGAAGAGUAUGACAAGAAGCUGAAUUCGGAACGAGUACCUGAAGGUAUAAUGACAAUAGUUAAUGCGAAUAGGAAUUCACCAUUGGGUGGAUAUCCAAGCACACCAGAUAUGACCCCCAACAAGAGGUCAAGAGGCCGAAGAGGUUCGCAGAAAGAUAAUGAUUCCAUGCUCAACAACUUUGGCGUGAAGGCCGAUGAAAGACCGCCUUCUGGAGCUUCCAAUUUACCGGUGUCUAAUUGUCUCAUUUGUGGGGAUAAAGCAACUGGAUUGAAUGGCACGUUAAUCGAUAUCAGCACACUAUUGCGCGCGGAAGUAGAGUCUAAAGAGUCUGCAGAAUCAAUCGAACCCAAAGAGAUAUCCUCAAGCGGUCCACUAACCGUAUCCGACAUUUGUUCCGCCUUUAAAGUUCACCUCUUCCGAUUGAUUAACUGGGCAAAGCAACUGGAAUGUUUUUCUAGUCUCGAUAUGCCAGACCAGUUAGCACUACUGCGAGGAAAUGCAGGAGAGUUAUUGUUACUGAGCAUAGUAUGGCAAGCAAUAUGUUCCUCUUCACAACAAACCAGUGACUCUGGUACUUUCGCCGGUUUAUUUCAGCGACUAAAUUCCGCUUUUCUUGGAGUUAUCAAGGCUGGAAGUGGGGAAUAUCCUCUUGUGCCAUGCUGUGUCGACGAUAACAAUCUGGAUGCGAUUUUGAAAGUCAUUGCCAAUACAAUCUACAGACCACUCCUGGAAUUAGCUAUUGGAGAAAUGGAAUUCAUAUGCUUAAAAGCAAUUAUCUUCCUGUGUGCAGGUCACUUGAUUAUGUCAAACAAUGGAAGAAUUACAGUAGAAGCCUCAAGAAGUCGCCUUCAAAUGGAACUUAUGAAUGUAAUGAACGACAACCAAUAUCUUCCUGAAGGUCGAUUUGGCGAAUUGUUGCUACUAAUUCCAACCCUCCAAAAGGUGUCCGGUUAUCUAGUUAGACGAAUCGGAAGUGCUGUUGCAGCUGCCAACACUUUGCCAAACAACAAUGUGGAAGGUUCAGGGAAUACAAUCGGUUCAGUGAGACUUGAUGAUCUUCUAGGGGACAUACUGUUAUCGGGCAUGUCGACAAUUUUCUAUCUUAAAUGCAUUGUGUGUCCUCCGACAAUUUUUGAUGAACUCCAAAUGGAAGCGAGCAACUCUUCUGAAAUGAACUCUUUACAAGUUGGCCAAAACAGCAAAUAUGUCAACGAACUCGAAAUAUCAACAUGGCAAAACGAUGGUUAUACUAAAAAUGGAAUAAAUAUAGCAUUCCAUUUGCAACCUCUAGCUACAAAUCCAGGCUAUAAUCCGCAACAAAACGGUCACCCUCAGCAAGAGCAUCAGAUUCAAAGUAACAACGAAUCCCUCCAUCUCUUGGAGCACACUUUUAAUUAUCAACAAGAGGCUGGAAAGUAA